GGCAAAGACAUCCUGGUACCUGGACACUGGCUCUUCCCCUUCAGCAUCCCGGGCUGAGCCCCAAUGCUGCCCUGGGCAUGUCCUGCCUGCCCACAGCAAUGGGAUGCACUCCUGCACCUGGGUGGCCUGAUCCCAGUACCCUGCAUCCUCCUCCACGGGAGCAACCGGGAUAUUAAGUGUCAUCGCUUCAGGGAGAAAUACAAGUUGAAGAAUCCCGGGAAACUGGUUCUACCCCUCCGUCCGGUGCCGGCGGCAGGCCGGCGGCUGUGGCGGUGCUCCUCCCUCGGCAAAGGCAUAUAAUGCCUGCCAUGGUCCCGGCAGCCGGCACUGCGCAGCGGGAGGCGGGCAGGGAAGCAGGCAGUGAGCGAUGGCCUCCAUGGGGAUGCAGGUACUGGGCAUCGCCCUCUCCGUCAUCGGCUGGCUGGCCUCCAUCCUCUGCUGCGCGCUGCCCAUGUGGCGGGAGACGGCCUUCGUCGGGAACAACAUCGUGGUGGCGCAGAUCAUCUGGGAAGGGCUGUGGAUGAGCUGCGUGGUGCAGAGCACGGGGCAGAUGCAGUGCAAGGUGUAUGACUCGCUGCUGGCCCUGCCACAGGACCUGCAAGCUGCCCGUGCCAUGGUGGUGGUGGCCAUCGUCCUGGCCAUCCUGGGCACCCUGCUGGCUGUCGCGGGCGGCAAAUGCACCAAUUGUGUGGAGGAUGACACCGCCAAAGCCAAGGUCAUGAUCCUCUCCGGCAUCAUCUUCAUCGUCGCCGGUAUCCUCAUCCUCAUCCCCAUCUCGUGGUCAGCCAACAGCAUCAUCCAGGACUUCUACAAUCCGCUGGUCUCUGACUCGCAGAAGCGGGACCUAGGCUCGUCCCUCUACGUGGGCUGGGCAGCCUCGGCGCUCCUGCUGCUUGGGGGGGGGAUCCUGUGCUGCACCUGCCCCCCCCGCGGAGAGAAGCCCUACUCCGCCAAGUUCACGGCUGCUCGCUCGUUGCCAGCCAGCAACUACGUGUAGGAGCCGCCGCGCCUGCCUGGACCCCCCAGGCCGCUCCAGGGCGCGGGGACCUCCCGGGACACGCAGCCUCCCCGGCUGGGCUGGGACUGGCCGGGCGCCGGGGCGCUGCGAGGGAAGGCAGACAGAGCCGCCUUUGUUCUACCGGGGUUGAAGCCGGUUCUCUAAUCUCGGUUGAGACAAGGGACAAGGAGAUCCUGUCCUGCCUGUCCAUGGUGGGGGUUGUGCUCCCCCCGGAGCAUCCAGCUGAGGCAUCUUCUCCGAGACAUCACCUGAUCUCCUCCUCGAGCAUUUCCUGGCUCCCGGUAUCAGGGUGUGCCAUGUGGUGACACAGCUCCCAAGAGCCUGUCUCACAGGCGGCACAGGGCUCUCUUUCCCCGCGUGAAGCUCCCGGGGACGUGUCUGUCCCUCGGGGUGGGUGGCGGUGUCGGUGCUGAUAGGGACCGCGAACCUGUCCCACGUGGUUCUGCAAACCCCGGCAGGGUCUUGAGGGGUGACAGGGGCUGUCACCUGCCUGUUCUCUAAAUUUUGACUUUGACCUACUUUCGGGGCUCGGAGCGGCCGUCCAGAGUGUGAUUUCUCGCGGCAGCUCCCCAGGGCGGGGGCAUCAUUAUCCUGGGAGUGGGAAGGCAGCGGCCGGACUGGGAAAACCGGUCGGGGAGGCGGGACGGGAGCAGGGCUAUACCCCCGCAUGGUGGGGGGCGACUCCCGGACCCGACCCGAUCCAUCGCCCCAGAGUGGGGUGCCCAGGGCCGGGAGUGCAGUCUCACGGUACCCCUGGCUGUGCUGCCGUCCCUCCCCGUGUUCAGCCUUCCCGCAUUAAACGGCAGCUGCUCAGACUCCGCUGUGCCUCGUGUUCUUUACGCUCUCCAACACCCGCCUCGGUGGUGGGACAGCCUGGUGCUCCUGUGCCCUGGGCUCCCAUCCUCCUGAGAGAUCAUCCAAAUCGGCGCUUCGGAGUCUCUUGAGAUCCCCGCCGCCUCUUCCAGCCCUG